AUGAAUUCUGGCUGGCUAGCAUGGGAAUGCAUAGUAUUUGCAGUCUUCAUAUGCAUAUCAUCAGUCCUGCCUCUAUGGAGUCGGAAGAAGGAUGUCAAUGCAGCAGGCGGCAGCGCCAAAGCGGCAUACAUCUUCGCGGGGGGAGGGGUCUCCGCUUUAUCUAUGAUGUUAUCUGUGGCACGAGGAACACUGGGAGUGCGGUCGUUUUUAGGUUUUCCAUCUGAGUUGGUGUACUUUGGUUCCUCCAUGUGGGAGACCCUAUACGGCAUGAUUUUGGCGUCACCAGUGGUUGGAUGGGUCUUUAUACCUGUCUACUUUAGGCUACAUACGAAUUCUGUCUACGAGUACUUAGAGAUGCGUUUUGGCUCAAAAUCUGUUCGCCGCUUAGCUGCCGUGACCUUUCUUCUACGUCAAGUAUUGAACUUGGCAGUCACAGCGUAUACACCAACAGUGGCGCUACACGCAGUGCUCGGUUUGCCCCACUGGGCGUCGGCUGCUGCUUUGACUGUGGUAGCAAUAGUUUUUAAUUUGCUAGGGGGAUUGGCGGCGGCAAUUAGAGCCGACGUAAUUCAAACAUUAACGAUGGUGUUAGUCAGUGGUGCUUUUAUUAUUCAAGCCACGAUAAAAUCUGGAGGUCCAAUGCAAGUCAUAGAAGACAAUGUAGAUGGUGGAAGAAUGAAGUUCUUCAACUUCACCUGGGACCCAACAGUCCGUGUAGACACUUUCUCAGCCCUCAUCGGCCAACUUUUCAUGUCGAUAUCCAUCUACGGGUGCCAACAGACCUUCGUACAGCGCUACUGCUCAAUGUCCAGCGAAUCGAAAGUCAGGCGAAUGUUGUUAGCCAAUGUUCCAGCUAUAUCUGUUCUGUUCAGUUUGUCUUGGGUCGUCGGCAUGGCAUUAUACGCCCUUUAUAGGUACUGCGACCCCCCUGAUGAGUGGAAGAAUCAGUGCCCCGGAUGA